AUGCAGAUCACUUCAAGUCUGGUGUCAUUUGUAUCAGUGCUGUGGAUGACUGUGUUCAGCUCUGCAAGAUGUAAAGCAAACACAGUCAGUUGCAGGCUGUGGACUGAACCACAGAUACCUAUUUUGUCCAAGAAUGGUGAUUUUGUAAUUGGAGGGAUUUUCUCUAUUCACUACUAUACGAAAUCAGAGCAGAACACCUUCACCACUAUACCACCACAGCCACAGUGCACUGGGAGCAUGGAAUUCAGGGAGCUGCAUGUCGCUCGUGCCUUGGAAUUUACGAUCCACGAGAUCAACAACAGAACCGAUCUCCUGCCGGGCAUCACGUUAGGCUACCAGAUAUACGACUCGUGCUCUGCGGUGCCAAUGUCAAUCAAAGUUGCAUUUCAGUUUGCAAAUGGCUUGGAGACGGUUUUCAACGACACUGGUGCCUGUUUAAAAUCGGUAUCUGCCGCUGUACCUGCUAUCGUAGGAGAUUCUUCUUCCACCCCGUCAAUAGGCAUGGCCAGAACUCUCGGUCUUUUCGGAAUACCACAGGUGAGUCAUUCAUCAACCUGCGCGUGUCUGAGCGAUAAGAGUCAGUUUCCCGCCUUCUUUAGGACUGUACCUAGUGACCACCACCAAGCUGCCGCACUGGCGAGAAUGGUGAAGUAUUUCGGCUGGACAUGGAUUGGGGCGAUACGCAGCGACACAGACUACGGAAAUAUAGGAAUGGCAUCGUUCCUAAAGGCUGCACAACAGGAGGGGAUCUGUGUAGAGUACUCCGAGGCCUAUUACAGGACACAAGCGCACAAUAAAUUAGAGAGAGUGGCAAACGUUAUCCGUAGAUCCACGGCCCGGGUAGUAGUCGCGUUUCUAGCCUCAGGCGACAUGAAGUUUCUCGUGGAAGAACUGGUACGACAGCCACUACCUCCGAUUCAGUGGAUAGCCAGCGAGGCGUGGAUCACACAUCCAGACUUUCUGCAGUUUAACAUUUGUGCUGGAGCUUUAGGUUUUGGAGUCCCCCGGUCAGUUAUUCCAGGCUUUCGUGAUUUUCUACUAAACCUCUCUACACCACAAGCCUUGAAAUCACCCAUAUUAACGGAAUUUUGGGAAAGCGCAUUCAGCUGUAGCCUUAAAGGGCGGACAGGCGUGCGGGAAUGUGACGGCAGUGAGGAUAUCCGCGCUCUACAGAACCCAUACACGGACACGUCUCAGUUGCGCACCACUAACUUAGUGUACAAAGCUACAUAUGCCAUAGCGCAUGCUAUUCACGGAGUUAUCUGUGAUGACACGCAAUGCGACAAAACUAAAAAAUUCUCAUCAUUUCAGGUUCUCAACCAGCUCAAGAGAGUGAACUUCACGACAAAGAAUGGUUAUCAGGUCAACUUUGAUUCCAACGGAGAUCCUGUAGCUGUUUAUGAGCUCAUAAACUUGCAGUUUAAGAAAGAUGGCACAAUAAACUUUGUGCCAGUGGGCUACUAUGACUCAUCCAAUCUGAGAGGACAGGAGCUCAGAAUGAGCAGUGCUAUCAGCUGGGUGGGAGGACAGACAGAGGUGCCAGUGUCUGUGUGCAGUGAGAGCUGUCCUCCAGGCACCAGGAAGGCUGUGCAGAAGGGAAGGCCUGUCUGCUGCUAUGACUGUAUACCAUGUGCAGAGGGAGAGAUCAGUAACAAAACAGAUUCUUUGGGUUGUAUGCGCUGCCUUCCUGAAUUCUGGCCCAAUGCCAAACAAGACAACUGCCUUCCCAAGCCUGUUGAGUUCCUGUCCUGGGAUGACAGUUUGGGCAUUAUCCUGACAGUGUUCUCCACCACUGGAGCCUUCAUGUCUGUGUCUGUAGGAGCUGUCUUCUACAAACACAGGACAUCUCCCAUCGUCCGAGCCAACAACUCAGAGCUGAGCUUCCUGCUGCUCUUCUCUCUGACUCUGUGUUUCCUCUGUUCACUUACUUUCAUUGGUCAGCCCUCCGAGUGGUCCUGUAUGCUGCGUCACACAGUGUUUGGGAUCACCUUCGUCCUCUGCAUCUCCUGUGUUCUGGGGAAAACAAUAGUGGUGUUAAUGGCCUUCAGGGCUACACUUCCAGGCAGUAAUGUCAUGAAAUGGUUUGGGCCUCCACAGCAGAGACUAAGUGUUCUUGCCUUCACUCUCAUACAAGCUGUCAUUUGUGUGAUUUGGUUAAAAGUAUCUCCUCCUUUCCCUUUCAAAAAUUUAAAGCACUACAAGGACAAGAUCAUUCUUGAAUGCAAUUUGGGAUCAGGCAUAGGUUUCUGGGUUGUACUAGGUUAUAUAGGACUCCUGGCUGUUUUGUGUUUUAUUUUGGCUUUUCUAGCUCGCAAGUUACCUGAUAACUUUAAUGAAGCCAAAUUCAUCACAUUCAGCAUGCUCAUAUUCUGUGCGGUUUGGAUCACCUUUAUUCCAUCUUAUUUAAGCUCUCCUGGAAAAUUCACUGUAGCUGUGGAAAUAUUUGCUAUUCUGGCUUCAAGCUUUGGUUUGAUUAUUUGUAUUUUUGCUCCAAAAUGUUUCAUAAUUGUUUUUAGACCAACAAAGAAUACCAAGAAACACCUUAUGGGUAAAGUACCCUCAAAAUCUCUCUGA